AACAAGUUCAGUUCUCAUCCAAAAGACUUGAAAUUAGGGUAGGCGACAUAUUUGGCUAUUCGGGGCCCAUCCAUUAUCCCUUUUUUUUGACUUGUGAUCAAUACAACACCAAAAUUUUCAUUCUUAUAAGUUUUUGAAAACCAAACAAAACUAAUAAAUUCUGUGCAACUUACCUUCCCCGUUGAUGGAGCAAGUUUGCAUCCCAUUAAAAUCCCCAUUUUGUCACAUUACCGCAAUUGACGCGUAGAUUAGAUUUCUAGAGAGGGGUUGAAAGAAAAAAGAGAGUCAGUUUUAAUGCUCAGGAAACACAUGUAUAUAAAAGGAAUAGCAAUUCUUAGCCUUCCGUGAUCUAUUAUACUUAUAUACAAAGACAAACCUGUUGAAAGAAUUAAGCAUGACCCUAUUGAGAUUCGCCUGAUUCUUGAUCUGGGUUCGACUGAAAAUUUCAAAUUGUUUUUUCAAUGGUUUCGGGUUGUUAAAGUGGUGUGAGAAAUGGGUUGUGUGACAUCGAAGCAGGCAGUGUCUGUGACGCCGGCGGUUGAUCAUUCUGGGAUUUUCCGGGACAAUGCAGCGGUGGGUUCUGGCCGGAGCUUAGGUGGUAAUGGUAAUGAUGUGGUUGCGGAACUGGAGAAAAGCAAGAGCAAAAGCAAGAGCAAGAAGAAGAAUAAGAGGAGCGAGUCAGGGUUGAGUGGGAUUGGGAGCGAGUUGGGUGACUCAGGGAGAGCGAGUUCCACAACUGGUGGUGGUGGUGACUCGGUUAGUUUUAGGUUGGGGAAUUUACUCAAAUAUGUGGAAGCAGAGCAAGUUGCCGCCGGUUGGCCUGCGUGGCUCAGUGCGGUUGCCGGCGAAGCCAUUCAUGGCUGGGUUCCUCUCAGAGCCGAAUCCUAUGAGAAAUUAGAAAAGGUCGGACAAGGUACAUACAGCAGUGUUUUUCGUGCUCGUGAGCUAGAAACGGGGAGGAUAGUUGCCCUGAAGAAGGUUCGAUUUGACAAUUUCGAACCUGAAAGUGUUCGAUUUAUGGCAAGAGAAAUAGUGAUUCUUCGAAGGCUCGAUCAUCCAAACGUUAUGAAACUAGAUGGGAUCAUAACCUCCCGGUUAUCUUGUAGCAUAUACCUCGUUUUUGAGUACAUGGAACACGAUAUCUCCGGUCUUCUUUCUUGCCCCGACAUCAAAUUCACAGAAUCUCAGAUUAAAUGCUACAUGAAACAAUUGUUAUCUGGGCUCGAGCAUUGUCAUUCGCGUGGUGUAAUGCAUCGCGACAUUAAAGGGGCGAAUCUUUUGGUAAAUAAUGAAGGAAUUAUGAAAAUUGGCGAUUUUGGGUUGGCCAAUUUCUGUAAUACCGCCGGUGACAAAAAACAGCCAUUGACGAGCAGAGUUGUGACUUUAUGGUAUCGGCCACCGGAACUUUUGUUGGGUUCAACGGAUUAUGAAGCUUCUGUGGAUCUAUGGAGUAUUGGGUGCGUAUUUGCAGAGCUUCUUCUUGGUUCACCUAUUCUUCAAGGAAGAACCGAGGUUGAACAAUUGCACAAAAUCUUUAAGCUUUGUGGUUCGCCACCAGAAGACUACUGGAAAAAGUCAAAACUUCCUCAUGCCACCAUGUUUAAACCACAGCAUCCAUAUGAAAGCUGUUUACUUGAAACUUUCAAAGAGUUGCCUAAAUGUGCUGUGGAUCUAAUCCAAACAUUGCUGUCUGUGGAGCCAUAUAAGCGUGGGACUGCCUCUUCUGCUCUUGCAACUGAGUAUUUCAAGACAAAGCCACAUGCAUGUGAUCCAUCAAGUUUACCAAAAUACCCACCCAACAAAGAGAUCGAUGCAAAACAUCGUGAAGACUCAAGAAGUAAAAAGCCGGUUGGGAGAACUCGUGGACCUGAAGUCUCAAGAAGGUUAGCCAGAAAACAGAAUGGCUCGACUAAAUUGGCACCUGAGGAGAGUCUGCCGGAAAAAACUCAAACCCGAGUUAAAAUCAAUGGAAAUAGUUUAGAUACUAAAAAAGGAGGAGACAUAAUCUUGGGUUUUGAGGUAAGAAAGCCAUCUGUAAACACAACAGACGACAGUUCACACACAAAACACGCGUCUCAAGGAGACAUUCCGUAUUCGGGCCCUUUACAAGUUCCGGGCUCGAGUGGUUUUGCGUGGGCCCGCAGGCGAUUGGAUGAUUCGUUAUCGAUACAAUCACGCAGCCGAUCCAGCUCAAGAAGCCUGAUUUCUGAACCUUCAGCCACUACACAUUUGAAAAACUUCGAGUCCAAGUGUGAUGAGUCCAAUGAGACAGGGGCCCGUGGGCUGGUUAUUAAGAACUGGAGCCAAUUGGACCAGCCCAAUUCUUACGAUGCCGGGUCGGAUGGGUUUGUGAAGAGAAUGAAUAUGGCUUAUCAAGAUCAAGAAGAGAAGGUCGAGUUUUCGGGACCUUUAUUGACUCAAUCACACCGAAUUGAUGAACUUUUGGAGAGACAUGAACGCCAGAUUCGCCAAGCGGUUCGAAGAUCAUGGUUCCAAAGAGGGAAAAGAAACAGCUAGCAAACGGAGACGAUUCUUGACACUGGAACACUAGAAAAUGAUUUUUUAAAGGUGCAAAAACUUGAACCUUUGGAGGAUGUUUAGGGGACUAAAUCAAUGACACUAAAUCAAUGACAGUUUGCCGUUAAGUAAGCUUGAUGGUCCAUUAAACACGGCUCAAUGGGAUUGGGUGUAGAAAAGAGAGUUGAUGGAUCAUAAUCUUUCCUCGUCGUCCAACCUCUAUUUAGUAGCAUUUUGAUUAUAUAUUUAUUUUGGGUAUUUAAUGCAGACUCACCUUCCAUCAUUCCUCUCUCUAUAUAUAUUACAGUAUGUAC